CACUUCCUCCAUAAAACACGGUUUGGAUGAGCUGCAACUUUGAAAAGCGUCCGGGGACAAGUUAAAAACAAGACUCUCUCGGGUGUCACGAUGAACACCAAUCUGAAGCACUGGAGGGAGGCGGCCACCCUCAUCCUGGCCGCAGGCCGCAGGCUCGGCGCGGGCAUGUUGCCGUCAAGGACGCCGGAGUCAGCUGCUGCCGGUUCGCCGGUGGCCGACAGCUGUGGCCGGUCACACCUGCCGCCCAGCGCCGCCUUCGACUACCGCACUUUGCUGCUGAAACGGAGCAGUAAAAGUGGAUACAUGCCCAGUGCGUAUGUGUUUCCCGGCGGCAAGGUGGACUCGUCGGACUUCUCAAGCGACUGGCUGGACAUUUUCGAAUCUUUCGCGGACUUUCCCAACUUCGGCCUGAGAUGUGUCAGGCAGCCGGCGGGGACCAGACCUCCGAUCUUCGCCACGGACCGACGGGAGCUGGGCUCCCCUGUCCCGGGAGAGGUGGCCCUCCGGAUCUGCGCGCUGCGGGAGACCUUCGAGGAGUCCGGCGUGCUGCUGACUGUGCCCAAACCGGAAGAGGGGCGUUUGAUAAAGGGCAUCGGGGACAGAGGCGCCACCGACCGGGCGCGGCACUGUGAGGUGAACGGGAUGCACAGUGGCGAGCUCCACAGGUGGAGGUCCCUGGUGAUCCAGAACCCCUCCAACUUCGCCAGGAUGUGCAGAGAGCUGGAGGUGCUGCCCAACAUCUGGGCCCUACACGAGUGGAGCAACUGGCUGACUCCCGAGCGCAAAGACCUUGCGACCAGGUUCGACACGGCCUUCUUCCUGUGCUGCCUGCAGGAGACCCCGCAGACCCUCCAGGACCGGAAGGAGAUCGAGCGCUUUCAGUGGUCCACACCUUCAGAGGUCCUGCAGAGCUUCCAGGCACAGGAGUUGUUCAUCCCCCCUCCACAGUUCUACGAGCUCAGCCGCCUGUGCCGCUUCCCCUCGUUAAACGACCUCCACAACUUUGCCAGCCAGCGUGCCACAAAGGGCUGCGAGCGGUGGAUGCCCAUUUUUUCCAUAGAAGACGAUCAGCACAUAUCACUGAUUCCAGGUGACAAACUUUACCCAUUGGGCACUUCGGAAAAGACUCAGGUGGAGGGUCCUCUGGACGAUUCUGCACUGCACCGCAUGGUGUUUUCGAAUCCAUAUACUAUAAAUCUACAGAUCACCAUCAAGCCAAAGUUCAACCACCUGCUGCCAGUGUUGGAGCCAGCCUCGUCAAAAAGUCAGCUUUGACAUGGAAAACCCCAUGAAACAACACAAGUUUCAUAUUUUUACAACAUCAACCUCUCCCUUAUUUUUGCAUUUUCUGGUUGUUUUAUCAGUUUUGCCACAUGAGCCUGGAUUUGUUUUCAUACAGACUACUUUGGAGGCCUGUACUUAGAAAGCAAGUUCAACAUAAGAUGCAGAUAAAGUUGAAUGUCAGUGUGCUGCCAAAGCAGAGAGGUGAGGAGAGAUGAGACGUUUUAAUGUCCAAUUGGGCAAUUCUUUCGAAAGUGUUUAUUAAUAAUCAUGGGAAACAUUUAACUGUGUCGAUAAUUUAUUUUAAUAAAAAACAAAUACAUGUA